AUGACGAUUUUGUCCGCCUCCCGACGAGUCCUCCGGUACCGCAUCGCCCGAGCUCUAAUCAUAAUCUUCACAAUAUGGAAUCUGGCCGAAAUACAUCUGGUUCAGCACCGACUUUACGAAGCAGAUCACACUAUUCUCCGACACCGGCCACAAAACCAAGAACGAAUAUAUAUUGCAAGCAUCAAUUGGAACAAUGAACGUAUCCUACGCAGUCACUGGAGCAAGGCACUCACACAGCUGGUCUUGAAGCUUGGUCCGGAAAAUGUGUUCAUCAGCAUAUACGAAAGCGGGAGCUAUGAUAACACGAAAGGCGCGUUGAGGGAACUAGAUUGGGAACUCGACCGAAUGCGAGUACCACGGAAUAUCACUUUGUCACCAGUGACGCAUGAAGAUGAAAUUGCCGCACCAGCAAGGGGCGAAGGCUGGAUUAGCACUCCAGAUGGGAAAAGACAACUCAGACGAGUGCCAUAUCUAGCGCGGAUACGAAACUUGAGCUUGCUGCCUCUGCAGGAUCUUGCACGACAGGGUAUCACCUUUGAUAAAAUCCUAUUUCUGAAUGACGUCGUAUUCACGCCGAACGAUGUCCUCGAACUUCUUCAUACCAAUGACGGCGAGUACGCUGCAUCUUGCUCGUUGGAUUUCUCUAAGCCUCCGAAUUACUAUGACACAUUUGCUCUCCGGGAUAGCAAGGGCCAUGAGCCCAUAAUGCAAACGUGGCCCUACUUUAGCUCUACGGCAUCGCGACAUGCAAUGAAAAAUAUGUCUCCUGUUCCGGUGACGAGUUGUUGGAAUGGCAUGGUGGUGAUGUCCGCAAGUCCAUUCAUUGCCAGAUCGCCACUUCGCUUCCGAGGUAUCCCUGAUUCACUAGCGAGCUACUCAUCCGACGAUGAGCUGGCUCUCUGUGAAGCGGAUUGUACAAGGGUUGUGGGUCAAUCGACUGCGCCGCUUGGGUGUGACUUCAUGGAUGAAAGAAGAAGUAGUUCGAAGGCGGGUAAACAGAUGGAGGGCCUUGAGCACUAG